AUGGGCUUGGGAGCAAUUCAGUCAAGCUCCUCUUUGUCCUUUGUAUUCAACACGUCAGAGUUUCUUGGCAUCGAAUCGUCCUCUCCUUCUCUGCAGGCCUAUUUGGAGAACACAUCCACCAUGAAGUGGGUGAAGGUAGAUGCCGAUUAUGACGGUGUUGCGGACACCUGGCAGGGACUUUUCGGCUCAGAUGUCACUCCUGAGAUGCUUUGUGACGGCAUCCAUGAUGGUCAUGCAGUUGUGACGGAUCAAGGCAUCACUGAGGCGCUAGUUUCUGCAAAAGAGCAGAACAUGUCUCUGAUGCUUCUUGUACGCGACAUCACUGGCGCGCAGGUUGGGAACUUCGAGAUUCGUGAGGAUCCUGAUGCUUGCUGGCAAGUGGAUGAUUCUAUGGUUGCCACG